AUGUCCAUUAUUCUCGUCACAGGAGGCACAGGUCUUGUUGGGAAGGCCAUUCAGCAUGUCAUUGAGACUGAGCCUGAGGGCUCGAGGUUCGGUAAGAAGCCUGGUGAAAAGUGGAUCUUCGUCAGUUCGUCCGAGGCGGACCUGAGGGACACUGAACAGACAAAGCGCCUCUUCGAGAAGUACAAGCCUACCCACGUCAUACACCUCGCGGCAAUCGUCGGCGGACUGUACAUCAACAUGAAAUGCAAGCUAACCUUCCUCCGAGACAACAUCCUCAUCAACGACAACGUGUUACACACGGCCCAUCUCACGGGGACACAGAAGGUCAUUUCCUGCCUCUCGACGUGUGUUUUCCCCGACAAGGUUACGUACCCGCUCGACGAGACGAAAAUCCACCUUGGGCUCCCUCAUGAAAGUAACUUCGGGUACUCGCACGCGAAGCGACUCGUGGAUGUGCAGAAUCGUGCGUAUAAAGAUCAGUUCGGCUGUAACUUCACGUCAGCAAUCCCAACGAGUAUCUUUGGACCACACGACAACUUUAAUCUUGAAUCCGCACACGUCAUACCCGCUCUCAUCCACAAGUGUUAUCUCGCGCAGAAUAAUGGCACGCCCUUCAUCGUGGGCGGCUCGGGAAAGCCGCUUCGCCAAUUCAUCUACUCACGCGAUCUCGCGAAGCUCUUUAUCUGGCAACUGCGCGAGUACGACGACGUCGAGCCUGUGAUUCUUUCCGUCGGCGAAGAUCAAGAAGUCAGCGUCAAGGAGCUCACGGACGCGAUUGUGAAGGCCAUGAACUACAAAGGCGAAUACAUCCUUGACACAACGCAAGCAGAUGGGCAGUUCCGCAAGCCAGCGUCGAACAAGAAGCUGCUGUCGCUCAUGGGCGAAUUCAGAUUCACUCCCUUCGAUGAAGCGUUGCAGGAUACCGUUCAAUGGUUCCUAAAUAAUUACGAGAACGCCAGAACGGGGGCUAGAGGAACGUGAUAGACGUGUCAGAAAGCUAGCAUAGGAUACAUUUGAGUAAAUCCCGGUUCUACCUUGGUUACAUCUAUACUCCCAUGUGUACCGUGGAUGCGCAAUGCAUACCUUGUUUGGGGCUU